AUGAGUGAUCCUAGAGGCCAGUCUUCAACAACGACUGUCGGAGGAAACGGCGGCGGAGGAGGCGGUGGAAACAGCGGUGGCUCUUUAGGGGGACAGCCGCAAAGAGCAAAGGUGAGGAAGCAAGUGUGGUCUUAUGCGGUGAUCUUUUCCGGGGGACGACGCAUCCUCUUCUUCUUCUUCUUCCGAGGAGACCAGGACGAGCCAUCAUCUUCUUCGGACCAGUUUUCUUUGAUUGCCUUCAUGGCUUCUUCAAAUCAGGAUGAGAUGGAGGAGGAGGAGACUGUGGACCUCCAAGAGGAUUACAUGAGUGGUGAUGAGGAUAUGGAUCAAGAGGAGGACCAACAAUACCCACCAGCCGAGGCAACAAGUACAGUGGAGAGAGGUAAACGCAGGACCUCUAAGUGUUGGAAGCAUUUUAAGGUCAUAGGACCGAAAUAUCCUGAUGGUAGAAGUGACUGCAGAUGUAUCGUUGCAAUUAUACAUACUGCAUAG